AUGCGAAUGACAGAAGGCUGCAUUGGAAACUUUGGCAUCAACAAUGACACCGAAAUCGACAUCUUUGGUCUGGCUGAGUCAACCUUCGGUGCAAAUAAAACCACACCCGACUGUCAAUGGCAGGUGGUGCCUGGUUGCUUUCAGCGUCCGGCGAAUGCUCCCACCUGUGGUCAAAGCUCUGACUACGCCAAUGGAAGCCAGGAGCUGCCCUACUGUCUCAACGACGGUAUCUGCCUGCAGGUCUGGACUUCAUUACGUUGUGCCUGCGAACUGACCACCUUCACCGGAAAGCGGUGCCACCUCCGUAAGUGCUUCUAUUAUCCCCCUGAUUAA